AUGUCUAAAGUUUUACUUCUUGGAUCUGGUUUUGUUGCUCAACCUGUUGUCGACGUUUUGUCCGCUACUGAUGGUAUUUCAGUCACCGUCGCUUGUAGAACUUUGAACAAAGCUCAAGCUUUGGCCAAAGCUUCUGGUUCUAAUGCCAUCUCAUUGGACGUUUCCGAUCCAAAACAAUUGGACGCUGCAUUGGCUGACCACGAUUUGGUGAUCUCAUUGAUCCCAUACACUUACCAUCCAGCUGUGGUUCAAUCUGCUAUCAGAUUGAAGAAGAACGUUGUUACCUCUUCAUACAUUUCCGAUGCCUUAAGAGAAUUGGAACCUGCUAUCAAGGAAGCUGGUAUCACCGUCAUGAACGAAAUUGGUUUGGACCCUGGUAUCGACCAUUUGUACGCUGUCAAGACCAUUGACGAAGUGCACAAGGUUGGUGGUAAGAUCAAGUCGUUUGUGUCGUACUGUGGUGGUCUACCAGCUCCAGAAGAUUCUGACAAUCCAUUGGGUUACAAGUUCUCUUGGUCUUCAAGAGGUGUCUUGUUGGCAUUGAGAAACAGUGCUAAGUACUGGAAAGAUGGUAAGAUCGAGACUGUGUCAUCCGAAGAUUUGAUGGCCUCAGCUAAGCCUUACUUCAUCUACCCAGGUUACUCUUUCGUAUGUUACCCAAACAGAGAUUCCACUUUGUUCAAAGAAUUGUACCAUAUUCCAGAAGCUGAUACCGUCAUCAGAGGUACUCUAAGAUAUCAAGGUUUCCCAGAAUUCGUGAAGGCUUUGGUCGAUAUCGGUAUGCUAAAGGACGAACCAAACGAAUUGUUUGCUUCUCCACAGCCUUGGAACAAGGCUCUUGCACAAUACUUAGGUGCUGCUUCAGAAAAGAAAGAGGAUCUAAUUAAGGCCAUCGAUUCAAAGACACAAUGGAAAUCAGACGACGAUAGAGAAAGAAUCCUUUCUGGUCUUGCUUGGUUAGGUUUGUUCUCUGACAAGCCAUUCAACGCUAGAGGUAAUGUCUUGGACACCUUGUGUGCUACUCUAGAGGAAUUGAUGCAAUACGAAGAAGGUGAAAGAGAUUUAGUCGUCUUGCAACACAAGUUCGGUAUCGAAUGGGCCGACGGAACGACUGAAACUAGAACCUCUACUCUAGUGGACUACGGUAAGGUCGGUGGAUACUCCUCAAUGGCUGCUACUGUCGGUUACCCAGUCGCCAUCGCUACUAAAUUCGUCUUGGACGGUACCAUCAAGGGCCCAGGUUUGGUUGCUCCAUACUCUCCAGCUAUCAACGAUCCUAUCAUGAAGGAACUAAAGGAGAAAUACGGUAUUUACCUAAAAGAGAAAACCAUUGCUUGA